GCGUUGCCCCCUCGUUCUCCUUCACACUGCCCUAUUGCGAGAGACAGGAUAGUCUGAAGCGCUGCACAGUACAGUUCACCGCCGCAGCUGGAGAAUAACGAACGAUGCCUGAGAAAGUGUCUGAUGCAAAGGAGGCGGUGCCUAAGGCGAAGGAGAGCCCCAAGCCCUGCCCCCAUCACCCGCCUAAGAAAGCAGUCAAAAUGGCCGUUCCUCCCUCUUACUCUGACCUGGGCAAAUCUGCCAAGGACAUCUUCAGCAAAGGCUACGGUUAUGGGACUGUCAAACUGGACCUCAAGACCAAGGCACAGAGUGGAGUAAUGGAGUUCUCCACUGGUGGGUCUAGUGCUGUGGACACAGGCAAGGCCUCUGGAAGUCUGGAGACCAAGUACAAGGUGCCAGAGCUGGGUGUGACCUUCAACCAGAAGUGGAACACAGACAACACGCUGACCACUGAGGUGUCCAUGGAGGACCAGCUGGCCAAAGGACUGAAGUUGGCACUGGAUACCUCCUUCGUGCCAAACACUGGGAAGAAAAGUGCUAAGCUGAAGACGGGUUAUAAACGUGACUUUGUGAACGUGGGAUGUGACCUUGACUUCGACAUGGCUGGCCCCACUGUGCACGCCGCUGCUGUCCUGGGCUACGAGGGCUGGCUGGCCGGCUACCAGAUGGCCUUUGACACGGCCAAGUCCAAGCUGGCCCAGAACAACUUCGCCCUGGGCUACAAGGCAGGGGACUUCCAGCUGCACACCAACGUGAAUGAUGGUACAGAGUUUGGUGGCUCCAUCUACCAGAAGGUGAACGAUCAGCUGGAGACGGCGGUGAACUUGGCCUGGACGGCAGGCAGCAAUAACACACGCUUCGGCAUCGGGGCCAAGUACCAGCUGGACAAGAACUCCGCCAUUUCUGCUAAAGUGAACAACGCCAGCCUGAUUGGAGUGGGAUACACACAGAGCCUUAGGCCAGGAGUGAAGCUCACUCUGUCUGCUCUGGUGGAUGGGAAGAACUUCAGUGCUGGAGGCCACAAGGCCGGUCUGGGCUUCGAGCUGGACGUGUAAACUAGCCGAAAAGUGGAGUGGAGGAGAGUGGAGAAGAGAAGAGAAGAGGAGAGGAGACGCAUGGAUGAAAUAAAGCGAAAGAACACCGAAUCAAACCACACCACUCAGAAAUGUGCAACAAAAAAAACAACCUCCCUGCCCCUCUUAAUACCUAUCUCCACACACACACACACACACACACACACACACACACACACACACACACACACACACACACACACACACACAAACCAAACCAGAUUUCAGGCCUUAACCCUUUGUGACCUUCAGUACAAAAUAAAAAAAACGAGCACCCAUCUUGAAACCCUACCUGGUGAUGCCCCUUUCAGCACUGUCUCCAUAGCAACAGCACUGGCUGUUUAUGUGUCAUCCCACAUGUCCACAACAAUAGUGAACUGGAGUGUUCCUGUGUGUCUGACACACACACUCUCACACACACACACACACACACACACACACACACACACACACAUACACUUAUACACGCACAUACACUGACAGCGUGUCUGUCUGUCUGUAGACCUGUCCCACUACCAAGAAGAACAUUGGAGUAAGUGUGUGUUCUUUCACCAAUAUGUUAUUGACAUUCAUUAGUAACCACGUCACAGAGUGUGUAUGUUUUAAUUUAAUCUGACAGAGUUGAAUUUGUCUCCUCGGUGAACAAGUUACAUCUUGGCCAGUCAGGGGGCAGCUCAUGAACAACAGUGUGUUUUGUUUCUUAAAACAAACAAACACAUUUUAAUUUGACCCUCGCCUUGUUCCUCACAACCUCACCAGACAUAUCAAAGCCAUGGGUCACCAUGCCAACACACCACGCACUCUGACCUCAGACAGUGGUCACAUGACCAGAAAGCAGUGUUGACCAGGAAGCGGUUGUGAUCUGAUGUGUGUUAUCUGUUCUGUUAGCUCUACUGUGUGGAGGCAGGCAGUCGGAUGUUAACACCCUGCACUGCCCACUCCUGACCACUUAGAACCUUGGUUCCUUCCUUUUUUGUUCUUUUCUUCUUUGCCAAAUCUAAUAACUACAUCCUUUAAUCUCUUUGUGCUGUGUGCUUCUUGGGGUGCUGGGGGGGUUAAAGGUUAUAGUUGCUGUUGGGGGUUGGCGGGGCAUGUUUGGGGUUUUUCCUAUUGUCACAUGUAUUUUUUUCUUCUUGUUAUGCCAUUCUUCUUUUUUUUUGUGUGUGUCUGUCGUUCUUGGACCCUAAGCACUGUAUCUGUGUGACUGUGCCGUGUUGGGCUUGGCGUAGCGUCAGACGAGCUCUGUCUCGGGCUGACAGGAAGGAAUCUUGUAAUAAAGAGGAAUGUCAAACA